UAACAUAAUAAAUGUAUUAGCUUCUAAAAUUUGGAUGUUCAGUUUGGUACCUGUUUUUAACCAUCUCUAUGGAGACUUCCUGGGAUGAUGAUAAAAUAUACAACCACAUCAACAUGUCAAAAAAUAAUUACUGAGAGGAUAAAUUGGAAAUUGGGCAAAAUAGUAAAUUUACUUGAUCUUUUUGUUCCUCACUUAUCCUAUAAUGGAUAAACCUAAAAUUAACAUGGCAAAUACAUGCUCACCCUCUCGCCACAUUCAGGCAAAGAUUGAUGAAUGGAUCCGAUGGGAUAAAAAUGCCCACACCUCUGGAAUAAUACGCAAAUUAGCCAGUGAGAUGAACUUUGAUGAACUUAGCAGAAUCUUGCUUCACAGAAUUACCUUUGGUACCGCUGGUUUAAGAGGAAAAAUGUCAGCGGGUUAUGCCUGCAUGAAUGACUUGGUGAUUGUACAAACUGGCCAAGGUCUCCUAAAAUUUUUGGAAAAUAACAGAAUAGAGCUCUUAAGAAGGAACGGAGUUAUCAUUGGUUACGACGGCAGACAUAAUAGCCAAAAAUGGGCUCGCAUGACAGCAUCCAUUUUCUUACACGCUGGCUACAAAGUACGAAUUGGGAGUGACGUCUGUCCCACUCCGUUUAUUCCCUUUGGGGUUAGAGUAUACAAUUUAUGCUGCGGUAUUAUGAUCACUGCCUCACACAACCCUAAGGAUGACAACGGGUACAAGGUAUACGAUUACAAUGCGUGUCAAAUAAUCCCCCCAGUCGAUAAACAAAUUCAAAAUUAUAUCAUGGAAAAUCUUGAACCACUCGAAUCGUCUUGGGAUACCGCGAUCAACAGUAGCCCUUUGGUUAUGGACCACCUGCAGGAAACUAUGCAUAGGUAUAUGGAGAAAGUGAUUUCUGAACGCAUAUAUCCCCCUAUUGUGGAGAACAAUGCCAGUGUUGAGGUGAAGUUCGCCUACACCGCCAUGCAUGGGGUUGGCUGGGCUGCGGUUGAACAAGCGGCUAAUAUUGUGAAGGGAAUUGUGGACCCUGUCCCUGAACAACGCGAUCCUCAUGCUGAUUUUCCAACGGUCAAAUUCCCGAACCCUGAAGAGGGCAAGAGCAGCCUAGACUUGGCCAUGAAAUUUGCCAAUAAAAAAGGCUACAGUAUCAUUCUAGCCAACGAUCCUGAUGCUGAUAGAUUUGCAGUUGCCGAAAAAGAUAAAAACACUGGAGAAUGGCGUAUAUUUAACGGCAACGAGCUGGGCGCAUUAUUUGGGUGGUGGAUGCUAGAAUGCCACAAAAAAUAUGAGACUGUAUCUUUGGGCAACGUUUAUAUGGUUUCUAGUACAGUGAGCUCAAAGAUAUUGAAAACGAUGGCUGAGGCCGAGGGAUUUAAUUUCCUUGACACUUUGACCGGAUUUAAGUGGAUUGGUACCAGCGCUUCAGAACUGGAAGCAGAAGGCUUCUUUGUACUAUUCUGCUUUGAAGAAGCCAUCGGUUUUAUGUGCAACGACUAUAUUUUUGACAAAGAUGGAGUAUCAGCUCUGGCUCAGUUUAUCGGUCUGGCCAAUCAUGUUUAUGGCAAAGGAAAGCAGCUACAUGAACAACUCGAUAACAUAUAUGAUAUCUACGGGUUGCACUUGUCUUUGAAUUCUUACUAUCUUUGCUAUAAACCCAUAGUUAUCAAGAGGGUUUUCGAAAGGGUCAGAAAUUUUAAAGGGGCCAAUACAUACCCGACUGGAAUCCUGAACAACAAAUAUAAGGUUAUAUCAGUCCGGGACCUGACAACCGGUUAUGAUGAUAGCCAACCGGAUAACAGAGCCAUGUUACCCAUUUCUUCGGAAUCUGAAAUGAUCAGUUUCGUUUUCGACAAUGGGUUGCACUUCACCUUGAGAACCAGCGGAACUGAGCCAAAAAUCAAGUAUUACAGCGAGCUGUGCAUGAAUCCUGAGAUCAAAGACAAGGCUACUGGGUUGGUAAUACUGCAAGAAAUGGUAACUGCCAUCUGUCGUGAGUUCCUCGAACCAGAUAAGAACAGACUCAUCCCUCGGAGUACCCAGUAGAAGGUGACUUUUCGAAUUAUUUAUUUUAUAUAUUAAUCACAUUCCGUUAGUUCUAUGUUCAGAACUAAUGACGUUUUCGUUAUUUGUUGGCUAUAAUGCUAGUCGAGGUUGACAAUCCAUGUCAAUAUUUGUUGUUUAAGUUGUUGCUUGCUUGAACUUACGAGUUCAACAGCAUAUUUAAUGUAAUGAAUUCUAUUUUUCAAUAAAAAAAUUAUUAAAAAAUAUUGCUGUUUUAU